AUGGCGAAAAACAGAGUUUUGGCCAUCGUCUUGAUUUUUUUCGGCACAUUGAUAACACAGACUCUAGCAGUAGAGGACAAGGUAGAAGAGGGCUCCUGCUCCAAACAGUUCUACAACAACCAGAACAUCACGGUGGUGGCCGCGCCCGGGCCUGUCGGACCUAAAAGGGACAUGGGACCCCGAGGCCAUGGCGGAACGCCAGGUGAGAAGGGUCCCGUCGGACCGGCAGGUGGGAAGGGAGAUAAAGGUGAACAGGGACCAGCAGGUGAGAAGGGAGCACCUGGUACCAGCCCACCUGCUCCACUUGUCGUGGCGUUUUCCGUGGCCAGAACGACCAAACUUGAGAAGCCUUCCUCCCAUACGGUGGUGACAUAUGACGUCAUCCUUAGCAACGUGGGCGGGGCCUACAACCAGGAGACGGGGAAGUUUGCUGCUGCAGUCGGAGGCGUCUACUUCUUCACCUUUACUGGUAUGACAGAGAAUCUACCCAACACCAACUAUUUCGUCCGUCUGAUGAAGAAUGGUGCGCCGAUGGUUGGUCUGUACGAGCAUACCGGCGAAAGAUCCCAAAUCCAUUCCAGCUGUAACAGCGCUAUCCUGCAGCUUCAGCCUGGGGACGAGGUUUGGGUGCAGUUGUGGAGCGGUUACAGUUUGAACAGUAAUCAGUAUAGGUACCUCACGUUUUCCGGGUUUCUCAUCCACGCAGAUUGA